UUCUGCUGUGAAGGAUGGCCAAACCCACUCUGAGAGGAAACGGCACUAACUCUGAAUGCUUACGACAGCGCUUCAGGGGAUUCCUUUACCAAGAGGUGGCCGGACCACGGGAGGCUUUCAGCCAACUAUGGGAACUGUGCUGUGGAUGGCUAAGGCCAGAGGCGCGCUCCAAGGCGCAGAUUGUGGAAUUGUUGGUGCUAGAGCAGUUCCUGACUGUGCUGCCUGGGGAGAUCCAGAACUGGGUACAAAAGCAAUGUCCAGAGAAUGGAGAGGAGGCAGUGACACUGGUGGAAGACUUAGAAAGAGAGCCUGGCCGACCUGGACAUUCGGUCACAGUCUCUGUGAAGGGGCAGGAAAUGCACUCGGAGAAGAUGACACCCCUGAAAUCAUCACAGCAGUUAUUAAGUGUUCUUCAAGAGUCAGUGGAACCCCAGCCCAGGGGUGUAUCCAAGAAAGAGGGGGCAAGAAGCCCAGCCCUGGGACUACAGGAGCAGAUGAACCCAAAGGAGAAUCUCAGACCUUUUCAAAGGAGCGGAUUUCCAUUUCCUAAAUCUGAUGUAGUCUCCAGGUUGGAUCAAGGAGGGCCAUGGAUCCCAGAUCUGCUCAGCUCCAAGGAAAAAGAUGUCCCAAAAAGCAACAGCACAGGAGACAAACAAGUUUAUCCUGAUCCAUUACUAUCUAGGAGAGAUAAAAGUAACUGGGUAGAACAGGAUCACUGGGGCUUUGAUGAUGAGAAGGUGGUGGGAGUUCACUGGGGCUAUGAAGAGACUAGAACACUCCUUGCAAUUCUCAGUCAGACUGAAUUUUAUGAAGCUCUCCAAAACUGCCAUAGGAACAGCCAAGUGUAUGAGGCUGUAGCUGAGAAGCUGCGUGAGUAUGGCUUCCUCAGGACCCUGGAACAGUGCCGGACCAAGUUCAAAGGCCUUCAGAAAAGCUACAGGAAAGUCAAGAGUGGUCAUACACCUGAAACAUGUCCCUUCUUUGAGGAGAUGGAAGCCCUGAUGAGUGCCCAGGUCAUUGCAUUGCCUAUUAGUAGCAUGGAAGAGGCCACUUUCCAAUCUGGCCAGACAGACACUGAGACUGAGGAGCCAGGACAGAGGGUCUGGCAGCAUGAGGAUGGAGAAGAGACGGUGGCUGAAGGGUCUGACAGUAAUGACCUGAAGGCAGUCCCCCAGGACACUGACAACCCACCUGCAUCUGUCCUCUUCCGAAGCCCAAGUGGUGUUCACUGGGGCUAUGAAGAAACCAAGACUUACCUUGCAAUCCUUAGUGAGACUCAGUUCUAUGAAGCCCUUCAGAACUGUCACCGCAAUAGCCAGUUAUAUGGAGCAGUUGCUGAGAGAUUAUGGGAAUAUGGCUUCCUUAGGACCCCAGAGCAAUGUCGGACCAAAUUUAAAAGCCUACAAACCAGCUAUCGGAAAGUCAAGAAUGGUCAAUCACCAGAAACCUGCCCCUUCUUUGAAGAAAUGGAUGCUCUGGUCAGUGCCCGAGCUGCUGUCCCACCUAGUGAUGACCAGGAAAAAGAAACAGCUUCUUGCUACCUCCAGGAAACCAGUGAAGCUGAAGCUGAGAAGCAAGCCGAGGACACAGAAGAAGAUUCAGAUGAUGAAGAUGAUACUGAGAUACCCCCUGGGGCUGUUGCAACCCGUGCCCCAGUCUUAUUCCAGAGCCCCAGUGGUUUUGAGGCUGGAUUUGGUAAUGCAGAGAAUCUAAAACGAGAUAUUUCUGAGGAAGUACAGCUGCAUAGGACAUUAAUUGCAAGAUCUGAAAGGAAAAUUUCCCGUCAUGUUAAUCAAGGUAAAGCUAGUAAGAAUGAAUGUUUAUCAGCAAACCAGUGGGAAAAGACUCAAAGAGAAAAAAAAAGAAAACUGGCACUCCCAGAGAAGAGUAUAGGUACAGUCCUGACUUAUCAGAGACCAGGCUUGGGAGACAGACCCUAUAAAUAUCUCAGAUAUGGCAAAAGCUUUGGCCCAAACUCCCAUCUCCUGUAUCAAGUGUCUCAUCAGGUAGAGAAUCCAUAUAAAUGUGCUGACUGUGGGAAAAGCUUCAGUCGGAGUGCACGCCUCAUCAGACACCGAAGAAUCCACACUGGAGAAAAACCUUAUAAGUGUCUUGACUGUGGGAAAGGUUUCCGUGACAGUUCCAAUUUCAUUACCCAUCGGAGAAUCCACACAGGAGAAAAGCCUUAUCAGUGUGGUGAAUGUGGGAAACGCUUCAAUCAGAGCUCAAGCCUUAUAAUUCACCAGAGAACCCACACAGGAGAAAAGCCUUACCAGUGUGAAGAGUGUGGGAAAAGUUUCAAUAACAGUUCCCAUUUCAAUGCACAUAGGAGGACACACACAGGAGAGAGACCCCAUGUGUGUCCUGACUGUGGUAAGUGUUUUAGUAAGAGCUCUGACUUACGUGCACAUCACAGAACCCACACAGGAGAGAAACCUUAUGAGUGCCACGAUUGUGGCAAGUGCUUCAGUAAGAGCUCUGCCCUUAAUAAACACGGAGAGAUCCAUACACGGGAAAAGCUGCUGUCCCAGUAAGUGAGCUCCUGAGGCAAGGCCUCUCCUGUCUGUGCUCAACUGGCUCAGGAGGCACUUCUCAGGGUUUCUGCCAUUGUCUGUUCCUACGCUUCCCAAAUGUAGCCGAGUCAGAUGUCAGGGUUUAAAGAUGAACUGAUGGUAAUGACGUCUUCCCUCGAGGUGCCUGUGCUGUUCCCUUUGAGAGAUAUGAUAGUAUAUCCUGUGUGUGUCUUCUAUCACUCCUGUCAUUCAGUGCACUUCAGCUGGAAAAUGCAUCUCAGCACUUUGUCAAAGUUGUGAGAAUGCUCAUUAAUUGGGGCCAUCCUGCUCACUUACACUUGUGAGAAUACUCUUCAUUUAUCUUUAAGGAGAGUUUAAAGUCCUUCUUGGUUCUAUCUUUUUCCAAGAAUCUGGGGCUAGGGAUGUAGUUUAGUGGUAGAGCACUUGCCUAGUAUGCACAAGGUCCUGGGUUCAAUCCUGAGUAACACACAGAGACAGAGAGACAGAGGUUGAAUCAGGGAAACACUGUAAGCCUUUUAUAAACACUGAAUUUCUUAGUUUCUUCUAGAUUCUACAUGGGUUGUAAUAGAAUAUACUGUAUUUAUAGCAUCUUGUUUGAUUUUCUCUUUUCCUCCUCUUCAUCUAAAUUUCAUCUGUCCCUUAUGGACUAAAAGCCAAAAGAGCACACUAGAUGGAUGUGGUGACAGAAAGAGCACUUAAAGCUACCAAUUGUCUAUUUUUCCUACACUCCACAUACAUAUUCCACAUCAGCCUAUAGGUGCUCAAUACUAAUUGCAAGGAGCAGAACCACUGCCACAUUCCCAUAUAUAGGUCAAAUAUACUUUACCCUAAAUGACAGGGAAGAUGGUGGAGCUAUCAAUCUGCACACACACACACACACACACAUACUCACUCAACUAUACAAAUAAAAGUAUCUAUUUAAAUACAAAAGUAAUUAUGGCUUUCUUUUUUGCUUGUUUGUUUUGGUUUUUCAAGACAGGGUUUUUCUGUGAAACAGUUCUAGCUGUCCUGGAACUCACUCUAUAGACCAGGCUAACCUUGAACUCAGAGAUCCACCUGCCUUUGCCUCCGGAGUGAUGGGAUUAGAGGUUUGUGCCCCAACCCAUGGCUGAUGGAUUUUCAAAAUUAGGUGGUUUGAAUUAAUUUCCACAUAUUCAUAGACUUAUGAUAAACCCUAUAUAAGCAGAACAGUCCCUACCCUUGUCCUUAUACUGGAAAACAGAUAGUACAUGGACAGAUAAGUACAAAUAUAUAGUUUCAUCAUUUAUUUUUUAAAGACGGGGUCUCACUGGCUGACCUGGAACUCACUAUGGAGAUUACACUAGCCCUGAACUCACAGAGAUUUGGCUGCCUCAGUCUUCAAAGUGUUAGGUUUGUAUUACUCACCAUGAUAGGUUUUAACAUAGCUUGCUCUGAGAAAAACCUGGAAAGCACUUUUUCAGAAAACAGUAGCAUUGAAAUGAAGAAAAGCAGAUAAAUUAUAGUGAGAUAGACUUUGUAAAACGAGUUGUAAAAUUGGUGCUAGGUGGGUAAGAUGUGGGAAGACAUCGAAGCAAAGGACUAAAGCUUGAAGCAGGAAAAACCUAAUAAGUGUAUGAUACAGCUGUACAGUAGGCAGAGAAUCAGCAGAGACAGGGAGUGCUAGAGUGAGACCCUGUACUGUGCUUACUGAAGACAGGACAGCAGCUUGGCUCAGAGGAAAAUGAGUUUUAGACUAGCUCCUUUGAGAGACAAACAUCAGAAAUUAGCAUCUAUUGAAGAUACUUUUGACGAGCAGGUCAGAGAAAAGAUGGCCGAGAUCUGGAAUAACUAACUUUCAUGUUUUACUUUUAUUAGAUACCCAUAACUAGAUUAACAUCUGAGGUAGUAGUAAGGAGAUAAGACUUAAAAGAUGUAUUAGGAUGAAUAAUUAACUAAGGUCCUGGUAUUAAGGAAUCCUAAAAGAACUAAAAAUUAAGGGAAUAUGGUAUCUUAAUUAUGCUGCCUAAGCAAGCAGGAAGAUAUAAGAAACCCCUGUCUAAAGCAGGUCCUCAGGGUCUGAGAUGGCUUUGGAAGUGAACUCAAUGUCAAGGAAAAUGGGGAUUAUUGUCUUUAGCAUUAAUCUGUGUAUAGUACUGUGGGAAAGGCAUAAGGGUAUUAGUAAACAUGGAUCCAAAUGUCUUGUGUGUAUGUUAAACUGCUGUUUCUCUUCCUGUGAAACAGAGUAAUGUUUACACCAAGUCUGCCUCUCAGGGAUUAUGCUAAUAAAAGUUAUGUCCACAA